AUGUUUUCUCCGGAGGACGAAAGUGCGAUCUCAAUGUACUCGUCUGCUGUCCUGACUCGAUUGAGUGGAAUACAGCUGACAAAAAACACCGAACAGAAACCUGGAGACUCGCAGGAACCAGGAAUUAUGUCUACAGGGAAUGUCAAUGCCUCUGUAUCCAAAGGCCUCGACAGCAAGACGAGCAAUACCUUUUCCAAUGCUUACCAGACCGGCAGUUCAAACUGUGAAGGCGAAGGGAAUAUCUUCACCAAAUGUGAGAAUCCACUUGUUCCAAGACUUUCAUGUGGACAGACUGCCUCCAAUAACUAUCUAGCAUACCAUAAUUCUUCGUUCAAGCCCAGACUAGAAGAAGGCCUUGUUCUAUCCCCCCAGUCUCUACAACUCGUUCCCACGAAGAAGAGCUUCUACCAAGGCCAAGUUAGGAAUGCACAUGCCAUGGUGAAAGAUACUCGACCUACCAAACUUUCGGCGUUUCAGCGUCUUCCCGGCGAGCUACGUUGGAGAAUCUACGACCUCGUGUUUGACGUUCACCGAGUCGAAGUCCUCCGUUUGCGGGACAAGAACCCAGAAAAUAACAUUAAGAGAGUCCAUUACCGCCUCUACCAUCGUCAGCUGCGACCUCGAGAUCCAAGAACACAUGUUGCACCCUCAAAUGAAGGACGCUUUACUUGUGCUCCCCUCCCCAUCGCGCUUCUGAUCACAUGUCGCAGCAUCUAUCGUGAUACGCUGUGCCUGUUCUACUCCAGGAUGCAGUUCAUAUUCAACACGACUCGUACCGUAAUGCGCUUUCUGAAGAUCACCAGCAAGGAAGCUCAAAUGGCGAUCCAGCACAUCGAGCUGAACCAUACCAUGUACAGCGAGCCUGCACUGCUAAAUUUCCGGUGGUACAAGUGCAUGAGCGACAUGUCGUGGUACAAUGCCUGCGAUGACCUGACUGUCUACUGCAAAUCGCUGCGUGUCCUUCAUAUCAGUAUGAAUAUUCGGGACUGGCCCAUCAGUCUUCAAGUGGGUGAGCGGUGGUCCUUGCCGCUGCUUGCCUUUGCGCGCUAUGGACCAAGACUUGACUGGGUAGAUAUUCGACUUCAAAUGGGCAGCUUCAAACAGGACCAGCUUGAGAAAGUCGCUCGGGAGAUUGAGGAACAGAUCAUGGAUCCAACAGCUUUUCAAAUUCGUGAGGAUGAACGACUGGCGAGGGAGUUGGCGGGGCCUAUCAAGGCCAAAGUUUUAAGACUUAUGUUCUAG